AUGGCGACGAGGCUGAAAUCUAUGGCGACUUUGCCAAAACUGAUUCAAAGCAUGAGAAAAGAAGUUCCGAAGCGUUCUAAUCCUCCUGUGUUGCCGUCUCUGAGACGAGCUUUCUCUCUCUAUGAUCAGAUCAAUCUCAUUGACAAUGUUCCCGAAGACCAGCUCCGCUUCCAAGAAUUUAAUGAGACGAGUUUCACGGUGAAUGGGGUCAAAUACGAAGGUAGCUUGCUCUGUGUUGGUAAUUUGCUAAUGUCAUGGAGCCCUCGUAGCUUCUCAGAGAUCACCCCUGAUAGCUUGUCUAUCUUCCAGACGGUUCGUCCCAUUCCAGAGCUCUUAAUUGUUGGUUGUGGAAGAAACAUUCACCCGGUAACUCCAGAGGUCCGACAGUUUGUGAAGUCCAUCGGCAUGAAGCUAGAAACAGUUGAUUCUAGAAAUGCUGCAUCAACUUACAACAUUCUGAACGAAGAAGGAAGAGUCGUGGCUGCGGCAUUGCUUCCAUUUGGAGUUACAUCCUAA